AGGCUCCACCGCUAGAACCACAUGUUUUAGCUACAUGCACAACCACGAAGAACCGUCCUCGUAUCGGUUUCAAAAGCUGUUGGUUUUUGCCCGCGCCCGCCUCGCUCUCCAAGUCGAUCCGCAUGGACGACAACGGGCGGAUGCUCGUCGCAGUGCGCUUGCGGCCCAAGCUAGCGACCGAAAGUCACGAGUUAGAUGCGGUGACUGUGCUCGGCGAGAAGCUGCAGCUGCUGCACGCGCCGUGGACGCGUCUGCACACGUCGUACCAAUUCGACCACGUCUUUCAAGCGUCGGCUUCCAACGCUGACAUUUACGCUCGCUUUUUAGCCCCCGUGGUCGCGUCGGUCGUUCGCGGCAACCACGCGACGAUCCUGGCGUAUGGACAGACGGGCACGGGCAAGACACACACGAUGCUCGGCCGCGACCUCUGGGGGCUCUGCGCGUCGCCCGAGCACCCGCCCGCCGACCUCUCGCCGGAUGCGGGGCUCAUGGGACUCGUGGCCGCCGCGCUCCUUCAGCACGAAGCGUCGUUGCAGUGCACGUACCUCGAGCUCUACAACGACAAGGUGUACGACUUGCUUGCCGACGGCAGCGUGAGCCUCGAGCUACGCGAAGAUGCGUCGGUCGGUGUCUAUGCGCCAGACGCCCGAACGGUCUCUGUCGCAAGCGUCGAUGCCCUCGUUGAUAUUCUAUGGUGCGGCGCCGAGACGCGGGCCCACUGCGCCACCAAUAUGAACGAACGCUCGAGCCGCAGCCAUACGCUGCUGCAGCUCACUCUGCCGACCACCGGCCAGCGCGUCAACCUCGUGGAUUUAGCCGGCUCGGAAAAAUGCAAGUACAUGGCCGGAGACGGCCAGCACGUCAAGGAACUCAAGUUUAUCAACCAGAGCUUGUCGAAUUUGGGACAGUGCAUCACGGCGCUGCUCAAGCGCGGCAAGAAGCACGUCCCGUACCGCAACUGCAAGCUCACGCGGCUGCUUCAGCACUCGUUGGAGGGCAGGGCGCUCUGUGCGUUCAUUGUAACGCUGAAUCCAUGCGCGAGCAACACGAUGGAGACGCUCUCAACGCUGCAGUUUGCAGCGCGGGCGAUGAAAGUCAAGGUCGUGAGCCGCGACAUCCGGCUCACCAGUGUCGAGGCCAAGGAAAUAUCGUCGACGGCGUCGUCUGCGUUGCUAGCACAAGUGCAAGCGCUGCAGAUGGAGAAUCAACAACUGCGGGCGGCGCUCAUUCACGAGCGGUCCCAAAAGAGCAAGCUCCUCGCGGGGUUUACGUCGCUCUUGCAAGACACGGCGUCGGUCGAGCGCGUCGACUCGAGCACGCAGAUCCGCCGCGAGUCCUUCUGUGCUGGUGACGGAGGUAGCGACAACAACAACAGCAACCUGUCGGACGACGCAGCAACCAUUGUCGCCCAAACACACGCUUCCGACGCGUUUAUUCUGGACAAGUUGUCGUUGCUCGAGCAGACCGUGCAGCGCCAGCUACAGGACAUUCGGCAGACCAAGGAGCGCCUCGUCCCACGCACGGCCACAACCCAGACACCCGACAACAACCACAAAACGGACGGAACGAAUCAGUGGGAAGAAUACGUUGACGCACGCACGGGUUUCAAGUACUUUCACAAUCCCUCGACGGGCGAGACGCAGUGGAAGAAGCCACCGGCAGCCGGCGACGGUAGAAGAGCAGAUAUCUAAUCCAAUACCACGCUUCAAAUCCUGC